AUGCGGCCACCCUGCAAAGUGCGGACGGUUUCCCGUCAGCGAGGUAACACAGGUGGGGUGGUGUUUGGUGUGCAGAUGUCGGAGUCGCCGCCGCCGCCGCAGCUGCUCCUGGAGAACGCGACGUGGGACUACGACGAGGUGUGGGCGCGCGCGCUGGCCAACGGCUCGGCGGCGGGCGCGUCGUCGCUGUUCGAGGUGCCCGCCGGCGUCAUCGUGCUGCUGUCCGUGUGCUACGGCUCCAUCUCGGUGGUGGCCGUGCUGGGCAACGCGCUCGUCAUCUGGAUCGUGGCCACGUCGCGCCGCAUGCAGAACGUCACCAACUGCUUCAUCGCCAACCUCGCCCUGGCCGACAUCGUCAUCGGUCUCUUCGCGAUCCCCUUCCAGUUCCAGGCGGCGCUGCUGCAGCGCUGGAACCUGCCGCACUUCAUGUGCGCCUUCUGCCCCUUCGUGCAGGUGCUCAGCGUCAACGUCAGCGUCUUCACGCUCACCGCCAUCGCCGUCGACCGACACCGCGCCAUCCUCAGCCCUCUCAGCGGGAGGCCGUCCAAGGUGCUGGCGCGGCUGGUGGUGGGCGCCAUCUGGGCGGUGGGCGCGCUGCUGGCGGCGCCCAUGGCGGCGGCGCUGGGCGUCUCGCUGCUGCGGGUGCAGGGCGCCGCGGCGCCGGUGCCCUUCUGCCACAACGUGCGCCUCUCCGAGCGCGCCAUGCUCGCCUACCGGCUGCUGCUGGUGGCGCUGCAGUACGCGACGCCGCUCUGCGUCAUCACCGCCGUGUACGCUCGCAUGGCGCUCCGGCUGUGGGGGCAGCGCGCGCCCGGCAACGCGCAGGACACCAGGGACGCCGCGCUCGUCCGGAACAAGAAGAAGGUCAUCAAGAUGCUGGUGAUAGUGGUGGCCCUCUUCGCACUCUGCUGGCUGCCCUUGCAGACCUACAACCUGCUGCAGGACAUCUAUCCACAGAUCAAUGGGUACCACUACAUCAACAUCAUCUGGUUCUGCUGUGACUGGUUGGCGAUGAGCAACAGCUGCUACAACCCGUUCGUCUACGGAAUCUACAACCAAGUUGCGAUGUUGAUGGUUUGUAUACUACAUGUACAUGUGUUGGAAGAUAUAUGGCACUACAUCAAACAGUGUGUAAUGCAUGCAUUCCUUUUGCUUUCAGUGACAAUGAGAUUGAGAGGUCUUUACGGUAUUACAAGUUAA